UUGGUCAUUACACUGAGGUGUGUGCAGUCAUGAGCUCAUCUGGGUUUGCAGAGGAAACAUGUAGCAUAAUGGACUUGUUUGGGAUUGUGUGAAAAUGGAAGGCCACGUGGCCACAUGCCUCAAGUCAUUUUGUUUGUGCUCAGCACUGGAAUAUCACUGGCAGGUGUGCUGAUAAGGCUUUUCUCAUGCUGUUCUUAGGUUUGGUUGGCUCUGCACACACCAGUGUUUAGGACUCAUUGUUCACACUGUCAUUCUGCAUGUGAUGAAAUCUGUUUGUUCAGAUUGUGUCUGGAAUGUGUACAUCAGCUGCCAUAGUAACAACUUAAACAUCAGUAUGGUGUCAACUUCUUCUACAGCGGAAACACAGGCGGUCAAAGUUGCCUGACCACAAUGGACAGGAGAAGAAGAUGGACCCUGUGGCCACUGAGAGGCAAAACGCCCUGUCUGGGGUGAAACACGGCCAGUUGAGGCAGCGCCAGGAUAAGCCUGCCGUCACCACCAUCAUCAGAAGGGGGUCUAGACGGAGAAACAAGCCCUCUUUGAAGGACAAGAGUCUUGGCGGGCCAGAAGUUGGAGUAGCGGUUGAAAAACCGGCCCAUUAUGAUCCCUCGAGCAGCCGUAACUUCAGCGAGAACCGGGCAGGGGAAAUGGCCAAAAUCCAUCUAGUAGCACCAGGAGAGCCUGGCAGCGUUGAGGGUGCUCCUCAAGUCCCAAGCAGUGACUUUGUGCCCAAAUGUGAGAUCUUGGGCAAGGACGCCCUGUCUGCCCUCAACCGCGCGGGUUCGCGGCAGUGCAGACAGGAGAUCGCCAACAUCGUAUGCAAGCACCAAGAGGGACAGCUCAUGCCUCAGUCUCUGCCUCAGUUUUGCCCACAGCAUGUGAUCUCCAGUGCCAUCCAGCAUACAGAUUUUGCCAACAUCGACCUCUCCAAGGUAGAAAACCCAGUCAGGGUGGUUUUUAUGCUGGUGGUUCAUGGACGAGCAGUCCGACAGUUGAAACGUCUCCUCAAAGCCAUCUAUCACAAAGACCACUUUUAUUACAUCCAUGUGGACAAGCGUUCAAACUACAUGCACCGGGAGGUGCUGCAGAUGGCAGAGCUCUACCCCAACGUGAGAGCUACACCCUGGCGCAUGGUCACCAUCUGGGGCGGGGCCAGUCUGCUGAAGGCCUACCUGCGCAGCAUGCAUGACCUGCUGUCCAUGUUGGACUGGAAUUGGGACUUCUUCAUCAACCUCAGUGCCACUGACUUCCCUACCAGGACCAACAAUGAGCUUGUGGCUUUCCUCUCCCAGAACUGUGACAAGAACUUCCUGAAGUCUCACGGCAGAGAGAACGCAAGGUUCAUUAAGAAGCAGGGUUUGGACCGCCUGUUCCAUGAAUGUGACAACCACAUGUGGCGUCUGGGCGAGCGCACCAUCCCUGAGGGGCUGGAGGUGUCAGGAGGCUCGGACUGGUUCGCCCUCACGCACAAGUUUGUGGAGUAUGUAAUAAACUCACAGGACGAGCUGGUGACGGGGCUCAAGCAGUUUUACACCUACGCUCUUCUGCCUGCUGAGUCUUUCUUUCACACAGUGCUGGGAAACAGUCACAUGUGUGAUACUUUGGUCGACAAUAAUCUGCGUGUUACCAACUGGAACAGGAAGUUGGGCUGCAAGUGCCAGUAUAAGCACAUAGUGGACUGGUGCGGUUGUUCACCAAAUGACUUCAAACCCUCAGACCUCAUCAGAAUACAGCAACUAACGCGGCCUACGUUCUUCGCCCGUAAGUUUGAGUCCACUGUGAACCAGGAGGCUAUUGAGAUCCUGGACAAUCAUCUGUAUGGCCACUACCCUCCGGGCACAGUGGCACUGAAAGCGUACUGGGAGAGCCUGUUCGAGCAGGCUGAUGGGGUCUCGUCCCUCAAUGAUGUGGCCCUCACGGCAUACUCCUCCUUCUUUAGACUGGGCCUCCGUAAGCAGGAGAACACUCAAAGCAGUUCUGAGACCUGCAGGUUUGAACCUACUGGCUACCCCGUCUCGGUGCACCUGUAUUUUUAUGAUGACCGUUUCCAGGGUUACCUGGUCAGGCAGGAGGUGCAGAAUGUGGUGACCAGGUCCCGUGAGAUGCUAGAGGUGUGGGCUGUUCCUCAAGCAACACUGCAGCUGGAACACAACCUUCAUGAGUUUGAGCGCCUCAAACACCUUGAGGUCGGAACUGAAUGGGACCCAAAGGAGCGAAUCUUCCGUAACUUUGGCGGAGUGAUGGGGCCUCUGGAUGAGCCGGUGGCAGUCCAGAAGUGGGCUCGUGGACCCAACCUGACAGCCACCAUAGUGUGGAUUGACCCAGCACACAUAGUAGCAGCCUCCUAUGACAUUAGCAUAGACGUUGAGGCAGAGUUUACGCAAUACAAGCCACCCCUUCAGCGCCCCCUCAGGCCUGGAGUUUGGACGGUGCGUGUGCUGCGGUUGUGGGAGCGUAUAGCAGAAACUCGAUUUCUGGUCAUGCCUCUGGCCUUCAAGGGACGUGAGCCCCUGCGCACAGAGGACCAUGGUUGGGUACACGCAGGUCCUCCAGGUAACGUGUAUUUGGAGCAAAGCUUCCAGCAGCUCGCCCAAGUGUUGAAGCUGCCGCCCAGUGAAGCCGCCCUGCAGGAGGCACAGAAGAAGACCUCCCUGGUGGGGAAGCCACUGGAGGCCUGGGUGGACAGCUCUGUGGGGGCUUUCUGGGUCACGGGAGACAUUUGCUCUGAGCAGACCUCCUCUUGUCCCACCAUAGGACUCUGCACCAAGACCUCUUGGAGUUCUUUGUCCCCUGACCCCAAAUCAGAACUGGGUCCUGUCAAAAAAGAUGGUCGCAUUAGGUAGCCUUGCAAGCUCGAACAAAUGGAGCGGAGCAGCGAAGGCCCUGAAGAACAGUCCACAAGAGUGAUGUUUACGAGUCGUGGUCUUUCAGACCAUCCCAUUACUAAGUCAAGGCACCUUCUGUUUGAGGACGGGAAAUGGUCGAGGGGGAAUCUAUGAGAGAAAACGUUUAAAUUUGCACAAGAAGACUGCCAGACGUGGACAUACGAGUCUUGCUUUUAUAAAUCAAUGUUCAGAUGUCAUGUAAAUACGUUGUUACGAGGUUCGGAGUCUUAUUAGCACAUAGUUUACAGUGUGGGUCUGUGAUACAAAGACCCAAAUCUCAACGAUUUUACACUUUUACUCU